AUGGCCAAUCCAGCAAAUUCCAUUGAACUUCCCCUGGUGGAUAUCUCCAACUCACACGAUGUCAUUGCAGGGAAAAAGCUGCUGGACGCGGCGGUAAAAUUUGGUUUUCUGUACGUCGAUAGCAACAGCACGCGGUUCACAGCUUCGGAUGUUGACCAGGCCUUCAAUCUGAACCGAGGCUGGGUAGGAAUGCAUGUAGAGACUCUAGAUCCUGAGCAUCACGAUAUCGACGAGGACUUCUUCACCACUCGCCAUGAUCAAUCGAAAGGUUCAACCGAGAACUCUCUUCGAUGGCUGUAUUAUCCCGCUGUGGUUUCAUCAUACCGGCCCGGAAAGGAUAUCCGCGCCGGGGCUCAUUCCGACUAUGGAAGUAUUACCUUAUUAUUUCAACGCCCCGGGCAGCCAGGGCUUGAGAUACUUACUGCAGAUAAUCAGUGGGCAGCUGUCCCAGUUUACCCGGGAGGCCAAGCAAACUUCCCAUUCCCGCCAAUCCUCGUGAACAUUGGUGACUUGUUAAGCUAUUGGACAGACGGUUUGCUCAAGUCAACAGUUCAUCGAGUCGUGUUUCCCGAAAACGCCCAAUCAGAUCAUAUAUCUAAACCGCAAGAUCGCUACAGCAUCGCGUUCUUCUGUCAACCAGUGAGUGAAACCGAACUUGUUCCCGUACCAAGUGAAAUCGUCUCCUGUCAUCGGAAGGACACGAAAGGCGACGAGGAAACGGAGAGAGUGAUUGGCCAUGGAGGAGGUGCUCGUGGCUGGGACGAUGGCCAGCGUCGAAUCACAGCGGGGCAGCAUUUGCAAUCUCGGUUGGCAGCAACAUACAUAUAG